ACCGACAGAGGCGGGAGUGCGCCGGGGAUGGUGGCGGGUCGAGGAACGCGCAUGGGCGGUGGGGAGGCGUCGGCUGUGAGUGCGCGCUCAUCUUUCAUCUAUCUCGCUCAGUCCCGGCGGCUCCCGUCAGGCUUUCCCUUAGAAGGGAGGCGGCCAUGGCCGGAGGGACUGCGAGGUGAUGAGGGAGCCGCGGGAGAGAGCGGGACGCCUUAGGAUCUGACAUGUGGUGGUUUCAGCAAGGGCUGUGUAUCUUGCCUUCAGCCCUCGUAGUUUGGACGUCUGCUUCGUUUAUAUUUUCAUAUGUUACUGCAGUCCUCCUGCGUCAUGUUGACCCUUUGGUGCCUUACAUCAGUGACACAGGGACAGUACCUCCUGAAAGAUGCUUGUUUGGGAUAAUGUUAAACAUUUCUGCUCUUUUGGGCAUUGCUACCAUUUAUGUCCGAUACAAGCAAGUCUUUUAUUCGAAUCCUGAAGAAUCUACAAUCCUCAAGUUAAAUAAGACUGGCUUGGUGUUAGGAACAGUCAGUUGCUUUGGGCUUUGCAUCAUUGCAAACUUCCAGAAAAGCACUCUGAUUGUGAUGCAUGUAAUUGGAGCUUGCCUCACAUUUGGAGUAGGAACCUUUUACAUCUUGGCUCAGACCAUCCUUUCCUAUAAGUUGUCACCCGGAAACAAGGUUGUUUUCAGGAUCCGAUUGAUUGUUCUGUUGUGGUGUGCAGCAAGCAUAGUGAGUAUGUUUAUUUCUUCAGUCAUGUUAUAUAGUGCUCAGGAUGGAGUGGAUUUUAUACAGAAGAUGCACUGGGACCCUGAUGACAAAGAAUACAGUCUUCACAUCAUGAGCACAGUCUCUGAAUGGUCUUUGGCUUUCUCUUUUGUCAGCUUUUUUCUUACUUACAUUCGUGACUUCCAGAAAAUCACCUUGUAUGUAGUAGUGCAGCUGGAUGGACACAGUGUUAACUAUACAAACCCACAGUUCACAACAGAUGAAUCACAACUACCCAUCUCAGGAAGUUUAUGAGGAACAAAUAACAGGAUGUGUUUUCACCACCAGUGACUCAGGAAUUUUGAUAUCUGCCCUAACCAGCAACUAGCAGGCUCUAACCAAGGGAUGCCUGAAAGUACCCUUUUCACUAGACUGGUGACUGUAAAGGUUUUUAGGAUUGGGGCCUUCAAUGCAAGCAGUACUAAUGUGACAUGUUAUAUAUUUUAUAUGAAAAUACUCUGAUUAAUGUAGGAAUGUGACUGAAAAUUUUCAGUCAUCUAUGUGAAAAAAGCAUUUAAUUAACUCACAAAACAAUGCAAUUCACAGCAUAAAGUAAUGUUGCCAGUGGCUAACUGCAGCAUAUUU